AUGUGGAUGAUCUUUAUAUUUACAACCGUCGUGAUAAUUUCAAGUUCUCUUUUAUCAGGGUAUUAUAAUGGAGAAGGAAGAAGAGGCGAAUUGAUUAUUGCAUUUUCUGUGCAAAUGGCAUUGCUCUGGCUUGGUUGCGUUAUUUGUUGGUUUUCAUUAUUCUGUUAUAGUAGAGCUUUGGUUUCGCUCGUAAAAGAAAGUGUUCAAUUGAUUGGUGUGGAUGAUGAAUCAAAUAAUAAGAGAAUGAAUGAUAUAUUAAAGAACGAAAAAGAAAAUAUAAUGUUCAUAUUCGUAAG